AUGGCUCGAGAACUGGUGCGCUACAAGCUGAACAUCGCUGCACUCAGUGAGGCCCGGGUCUCCGAUCAAGGCCAACCGGAAAAGGUGGGUGCCGGCUUCAUCUUCUGGAGAGGUCGGCCCACAACAGAGCGACGGGACGCGAGAGUCGCCUUUGACACCCGGAAUGGCAUCGUGGGACGACCGCGCUGUCUGCCGCAGAGUGCAACAGGGCUGUGUCCUCGCGCCUACCCUCUUCAGUCUCAUGUUAUCUGACAUGCUGAUGGACGCCUACCGUGACGAACGCCCCUGGAUCGGCGUCGCCUACAGGACGGACGGCCACCUUCUCAACCACUGGCGGAUGCAUUUCCAUUCGCGUGUAUUCACAACGACCGUGUAGGAACUUCUCUUCGCCGACGAUCGCGCAAUAAAGGCCACCUCGGAAGGAAACAUGAAAAGGAGCAUGGAUCUAUUCACUACCGCCUGCGACAACUUCGACCUCGUCAUCAACACAAAGAAGACGGUGGUUAUGCAUCAACUACCACCCAACGCUGCCUGCGUCGCACCCCAAAAUCAACUUGAAGGCGCCUAA